AUGAAUGUUUCGAGUUUUUCGAGUGUUUCGAGUUUUUCGAGUUUUUCGAGUUUUUCGAAUUUUUCGAGUUUUUCGAGUUUUUCGAGUGUUUCGAGUUUUUCAAGUUUUUCGAAUUUUUCGAGUUUUUCGAGUUUUUCGAAUUUUUCGAGUUUUUUGAAUUUUUCGAGUUUUUUGAGUUUUUCGAGUAUUUCGAGUUUUUCGAGUUUUUCGAGUGUUUCGAGUUUUUCGAAUUUUUCGAGUUUUUCGAAUUUUUCGAGUUUUUCGAGUGUUUCGAGUUUUUCAAGUUUUUCAAGUUUUUCAAGUUUUUCAAGUUUUUCAAGUUUUCCGAGUUUUUCGAGUUUUUCGAAUUUUUCGAGUUUUUCGAAUUUUUCGAGUUUUUCGAGUUUUUCGAGUUUUUCGAGUGUUUCGAGUUUUUCGAGUUUUCUGAGUUUUUCGAAUUUUACGAGUUUUUCAAAUUUUUCGAGUUUUUCGAGUGUUUCAAGUUUUUCAAGUUUUUCAAGUUUUUCAAAUUUUUGGAGUUUUUCGAGUUUUUCGAAUUUUUCGAGUUUUUCGAGUUUUUCGAGUGUUUCGAGUGUUUCGAGUUUUUCGAGUUUUUCGAGUAAUCGACAACAUUGUGCGAAACUCAGAAGGAAAAGUUCAAGCCAACAACAACAACAUUACCGGUUGUUGCAGUUUUCAAUCUGCCGAGUUAAGCAGCUGCACGAUUAUGGGGUUCACAAACAAUCCAGCACACCACAGAUCGAUCCCCCACACAUGACGUCGUCGUCGUCGCAGACGUCGUCGCCGCAAAGAAACCCGAAGCCCGAGCCUCCGUCGGUCACAUCGGACGUCGCGUCGCAACCACGCUUUCAGUCGGUUCGGAGCUUUCGCGCGUAA